AUGGGAACAACCACGUUGGCUAGUGGAGUGGCCGCUGUUACAGCAGUGGCCGUCGUCGUUUCGUUGGUGACUGUGGUCUACAUAGUCAACGACAUCAACACCUUCUACGACGACGUCAUCUCUGAGCUCGAUGGCUUCAAGCAAGCCAGUGGUUGCCCCGCUGGACCACCUGGACCACCUGGACAACCCGGACUGCCUAGAGAGAAUGGAGAGCCUGGACAGCCUGGAAGGCCAGGAAACAAACGGGGCACAGCACGGAGGCGGAAUAAAGGACGUCACACGGCACUGACACUCCUGGACCACCAGGAGACGCUGGGCAACCUGGAAGUGAUGGUCAACCUGGAUCUCCCGGUCAACCAGGAGCACCUGGAACUAGCGGAGCAGGACAACCGACCACCUGGUCCUCCAGGACCAAAUGGAACACCAGGACAACCAGGACAGGACGGCACUGGCGGUGGUGGCAGCAACGCUGGUCCACCAGGUCCACCUGGACCCAACGGAAAUCCAGGACAACCUGGAGCGCCUGGAGCACCAGGAGCGCCUGGGAUGGAUGCCACACCUGGGGGUGAGUAG